CAGCCGAAGUUUGCCGAAAUCCAAGUCGCCGGCGGAGGCUCCCACAAGCCUUCCCUCAAUGCAGUUCUCCAGAAGCUCUUUGUGCACGAACGGCUAGAUGACGACACGCGUUUGUGUCAGAUGUUUCCUUUGACAAUUCGUCACAUCGGAAGACCGAACUUGAAUGGAAAUUAUUAACGUUUGAAAAUACACCGAGAAAAUAAGAGGAGGAGCAACUGCCUGUCGCCCGACAAGCUUCAUCACCAUUCCAGUCGCUGCCAGUUAGCUGAAACACAACUAGCGUGCCCUUGUAUGGGUCAGGGUGUUUAUUUGUUUAUUUUGUUACCCGAGAGUAAUGUCGUUUGAUUUUAGAUUAAUCGUGCACAAAACAGACUGGCGUUAAGGUGCGUUGACAGCCGUGGAAGAACUCUGAGCAGGCUGUGCUCGCACUCCGCAAUGUUCGGGACGUUUGGAAGAGAACGCAGCAAAUAAAUAACACCAUCCCAAAAAAAAAAAAAAAAAAAGGGUCUUUGCUCCGUCUCUCCAUCAAGCACCUCCGCAGUCAAUCAUGACAUCGCCAGACUCCCCCCCUCUUGUCUCUCCUUCCCCAUGUCCCCCUCCUCCUCCGUCCCUCCCCACAUCCCCCGUGCCAUCCUCCCCUGCCCCGUCCUCCUCCUCCCUCCCGCUCCCACCCUCGUUGCCCCCCACGGGGGAGGUGAUGGUCCUGGCUCUGGGUCGGAAGAAGCAAAGGGUCCUGAUUGUUUUAUCAAUCCUUCCCAAUCUCUUCUUGGCCUUCCUGCUCUCCUCCGACCCCCUCAUCACCCUCUCCUCGCCACACCACUGCCACCUCCCGGGGCCGUCGCCUUCGCCCGAGAUGCUGAACGUCUCCUUGCCCUGGGAGAAAGGCUUGCGACCCGGUGAGAGCGGAGAGCUUUCCCAGUGUAAGCAGUACGCCAACGGGAGCCAGUCGGUCGUGGUGGACUGCCAGGCGGGCUGGGACUACAACGUCACGGAAGGGCUGAAGAACAACAUCGUAACUGAGUGGGAUCUGGUGUGCGAUCGCUAUUGGCUGGUUCCAGUGGAGGAGGUGUGCUUCAUUUUGGGGGCACUGACCGGUUGCCUCGGCCUCGGUUUUGCUGCUGACAGAAUCGGCCGCUCCAAGACCUUGUUGACGUCGCUCACUCUCUCGGUGGUGUUUGGCGUUUUGGUGUGCGUCUCCCCGUACCCUUCCAUUUUCAUCGUCAUGCGUUUCUGUCUGGCGGCUGCCAACGCCGGGGUCUACCUCAUCCUUUACAUCUCUCGGCUGGAGUUGUGUGAGCCUUCGCUCAGGUUGAUAUCUACCGUGCUGGCGGGACUGAUGACUGUUUCCGGGGAGCUGCUCCUGCUGGCGGUGGCACUCGGUUGUCAGUCCUGGAGAGGUCUGCUGGGAACCGGUGCCGCCCCGCUAGCGCUCUUCCUCUGCUACGGCAUUCCUGGAGUUUUUCCAGAGUCUCCUCGCUGGCUCCUGCUGUCCGAGCGACAUAGCGACAUGAACUCCUUCGGCGAGAGGAGAAACUCCAGCAGAGAUCUGAGGGAUGACGAGAGCUUCACAGAGCUGGAUUCGGAGCCGACGCCCUCCUCGCGUCCCCACCUUUCCUUCCCUGAGCUCGUCCACAGUAGGAACAUCUGGAAGAACAUUUGCGUGCUCGGCUUCACCUCAUUCAUCUCUCACGGCAUCAGCCACUGCUACAGCUCUUUCCGAGGCGACGUCCGAGGCACGGCCCCCGGCUUUUAUUGGACGUACCUCCUCUCGGUGUGCGCGGGCGGCGCCGCCUGGGUGUUGCUGUGGGUGACUGUGGACAGAUGCGGUCGGCGUGGCAUCCUUUUACUCUUCAUGACGAUGACGGGCUUGGCCUCUUUAAUCCUACUGGGACUUAUGAAGUAUCUCAGUGAGAACGCCAUCACUGUCUUCUCCGUGAUGGGCCUCUUCUCAUCGCAGGCCACCGCUUCCCUGUGCAUUCUCCUCACUGCAGAGAUCAUGCCCACUGUCAUCAGAGGGACAGGCGUGGGCGUUGUGCUGGCCCUGGGCUGCGUGGGCCGCCUCAGCUCGCCACUCAUGGACCUGAGGAACCACUACGGCUACUUCUUGCACCACGUGGUCUAUUCCUCUCUAGCCUUGCUGGCCGUGUUGUCCAUCCUGCUUCUGCCCGAGAGCAAGAGGAAGCCGCUGCCUCAGACUCUGGCCGACGGGGAACAAUACAGGCGUCCCCCGCUGGGCAGGAGGAGGCGGGACAACGUGCCGCUGCUGGCCACGCCCAACCCGGAGACUUAAAAGAAGGAAUCGGAGGUGCCGUGUGCAAUUCCACUGGAACACGACAUUCAUUAAUGUUCAUGGAGGAAGGAGAGUUGAGAGAUAAAAAGGGCUGU